CCACAUCAUGAACACAGCAAGCUCCCGAUACCGUGUACAUCUGUGUUCUAAGUGUCCGGGGGACACAGCGUACUAUUGUGUAUCGUGUCCAUGUGAUCUGUGUCCCCAGUGUAAAGAGAACCAUGUAAAAGAUCUCAAAACAAUAGACCAUGAUGUUGUGUCACAUCGUGAUAAAAUCAACUACAUCCCAACACAAGAAAUCUGUGUGAGACAUCCUAGCCAUUUUUAUACAAAGUACUGUGAACCUUGUCAAGUUCCUGUGUGUGAUUCUUGGUUUGGACAUAAACCACACAAACCCCCUGUCAGAAGUUUUCUCUUUGGAAAAAAAGGGCACAAAAUUCAGGAUCUGCAAAAAGCUUAUAAAUCAAAGCGACAACAACACAUAGGAACCAUUCACACCAUCAGAAGUGAGGCUCUCUUUUACAGACCUGUUCUCCUGACAGGAAUCAAAGCUGAUGUCAAAACCUGUCACACAGAAUUAUCCCGCAUUCAAUCAGAGAUGUUUAAAAAGGCCCAGAAACUGAAGGAUCUCAUUGAUGUGGUAUAUGAUCUAUUGAACAAUGUGUUUUGUUACUUUGAUUUCAAACACAGAUGUAAAAAACAGAAGAUAGAAAUGAUCAGACAUAUUGGCAGACUAAGGAGAUAUGAACACAGAUAUGUACAGCCAGCAUUCACAUUCAGUGCUCUACAAUUCCUCUCAUUCACAAAGACAGCCCUCCCCCAGAUACAUCUUACACUCCACACCAGCCAGCUCUCCAUGACUGAGUCACUCAACAAGGAGGAUGUGAUGGAGUCACUGAGUGCAAUCCAAAUCACAGAGAGAGGAAACCGACGCGUAGGAAACCAGUGUCUGCUGAAACUGACGUCUGGUGCUGAGCUCCAUCAAUCUCUCACAGUGACAGGUGUUGAUGAUUGUUAUCACAUUUCCUGUGUGACAUCAGAGCGAGUCUGGGUCAGUGAUUGGAACAGUAUCAUCUUGACAGACACAACAGGUGUCCCUCUACACUGUGUGGAGGAUUCAUGUAGUGAUUAUUUAUAUGGAUUACACACAGUGAACAGUGAGAGUGAACUGAUUUAUAUAGAUUGGAAUUAUAACAUCAACAAACUGUCAAAGGAUAUGAAAACAACCACCACAUUUAUAGAGAGAACAGACUCUAUAUGGGAACCACGGUGUGUGUACUGGUCCCCGUCCACUGGGGAUCUACUGGUCGCGAUGUAUAACUAUGAUACAAACACAAGCAAGGUAACCCGGUACAACCAGAGUGGACAACUCACACAAACCAUACAGUACCACAACACAGGACGGGGACUGUAUAUACAACCUCUCUAUAUAACAGAGAACAACAAUGGGGAUGUCGUGGUGUCUGACGUUAUAGACCAUGUGUCUGGUACUGUAGUGGUGACAGAGCGUGGAGGAAGACAUCGUUUCUCCUACACAGGACAUCCAUCAGAAUCAGGACUAUGGCCACGUGGAAUCUGUACUGACGCGCUGUUACACAUCCUGGUGUGUGAUGGUACAACCGACACAGUACAGAUGUUGAAUAAGGACGGUCAGUUCCUGUCACAUCUACUGACAAAAUCACAAGAGAUGGGUAGACCAUGGAGCCUGAGUUAUGAUGUCAACACUCACUGUCUUUGGGUCGGAUCACGGUACAACAACAAGGUGUGUGUCUACAGGUAUAUCACCAGACAGGACGCUCUGACAGUGAAACUGACGUCUGGUGCUGAGCUCCAUCAAUCUCUCACAGUGACAGGUGUUGAUGAUUGUUAUCACAUUUCCUGUGUGACAUCAGAGCGAGUCUGGGUCAGUGAUUGGAACAGUAUCAUCUUGACAGACACAACAGGUGUCCCUCUACACUGUGUGGAGGAUUCAUGUAGUGAUUAUUUAUAUGGAUUACACACAGUGAACAGUGAGAGUGAACUGAUUUAUAUAGAUUGGAAUUAUAACAUCAACAAACUGUCAAAGGAUAUGAAAACAACCACCACAUUUAUAGAGAGAACAGACUCUAUAUGGGAACCACGGUGUGUGUACUGGUCCCCGUCCACUGGGGAUCUACUGGUCGCGAUGUAUAACUAUGAUACAAACACAAGCAAGGUAACCCGGUACAACCAGAGUGGACAACUCACACAAACCAUACAGUACCACAACACAGGACGGGGACUGUAUAUACAACCUCUCUAUAUAACAGAGAACAACAAUGGGGAUGUCGUGGUGUCUGACGUUAUAGACCAUGUGUCUGGUACUGUAGUGGUGACAGAGCGUGGAGGAAGACAUCGUUUCUCCUACACAGGACAUCCAUCAGAAUCAGGACUAUGGCCACGUGGAAUCUGUACUGACGCGCUGUUACACAUCCUGGUGUGUGAUGGUACAACCGACACAGUACAGAUGUUGAAUAAGGACGGUCAGUUCCUGUCACAUCUACUGACAAAAUCACAAGAGAUGGGUAGACCAUGGAGCCUGAGUUAUGAUGUCAACACUCACUGUCUUUGGGUCGGAUCACGGUACAACAACAAGGUGUGUGUCUACAGGUAUAUCACCAGACAGGACGCGCUCUGACAGAUGAACACAGACCCCGUCCUGAUGAGGACACCCGAUACACAACACCUCGUCGAAAAAAUAAAAAGAGAAGGAAUACAUGUUAGGUUAUGACCCAGACCCCCACAUCAUGGGCACAGCAAGCUCCCGAUACCGUGUACAUCUGUGUUCUAAGUGUCCGGGGGACACAGCGUACUAUUGUGUAUCGUGUCCAUGUGAUCUGUGUCCCCAGUGUAAAGAGAACCAUGUAAAAGAUCUCAAAACAAUAGACCAUGAUGUUGUGUCACACCGUGAUAAAAUCAACUACAUCCCAACACAAGAGAUCUGUGUGAGACAUCCUAGCCAUGUUUAUACAAAGUACUGUGAACCUUGUCAAGUUCCUGUGUGUGAUUCUUGGUUUGGACAUAAACCACACAAACCCCCUGUCAGAAGUUUUCUCUGUGGAAAAAAAGGGCACAACAUUCAGGAUUUGCAAAAAGCUUAUAAAUCAAAGCGACAACAACACAUAGGAACCAUUCACACCAUCAGAAGUGAGGCUCUCUUUUACAGACCUGUUCUCCUGACAGGAAUCAAAGCUGAUGUCAAAACCUGUCACACAGAAUUAUCCCGCCUUCAAUCAGAGAUGUUUAAAAAGGCCCAGAAACUGAAGGAUCUCAUUGAUGUGGUAUAUGAUCUAUUGAACAAUGUGUUUUGUUACUUUGCUUUCAAACACAGAUGUAAAUCAAAGUACUGAAAGUACUGAAACGAGGUGACGUUUAACGCAAUGAGAUUGUAAAUGCAAUUCAAUUAUACACCAACUCAUUCAACAAAGUCCAGACCAGAUGUCUGAGAUAGAUUUAUGAAUAAUGUGUGUUGAUUAGUACUUUUAUCUCAUUUUAUUUUUUUUUAAAUGAAAUUUGUCAUAAUUUUGUAAAAUGCCUAUAGUACACAUUGAAUAAAUUUUAAGUCAAAGUUAAUGUUUGGAGUACAGACAUCUUAAAAUGAGAACAUUCACUUAGACUGAGGACCCAAGACCCUUAAAGACAUUGAGUAAUGCAAUACAUAACAGAUUGCUGAAAGUCGCUAUAAUUUGAUUUUGCCAUGGUCCUAUAAAUGCUUUAAUAAUUGAAAUAAAUAACUUUUGAGUCUAAUGAUAUUCAAAUAAGAGAACCAAUUAUAAUGUUCAAAUAUCUAUAAAAUGCAAUUUUCUGUCAACUCUAAAAUUCACCAGAUAAAAUUGAAUGCCUUAUUACUUACUCUAACAGUCAGCCUGGUGUUCCAUACAUUUUGUACUGAAAAGUUAAGUUUUUAUUGCUUGGAACAAAAAGCACAUUCAUUUAAGAUAAUUUUUCCCCUCUGAUACAAAGGAACAACAAUGAUAACAUGGUUUUUAUGCUGUAUUUAAUGCUAAAGAUCAAAUUAUGCAUUGCAAAAUGUACAAGCUGAGGUAAAAUGGUCAUUAGACAUCAGGUUGUUUAUAUUAUUAGACAUCAGGUUGUUUAUAUUAUAUCAAAAUAAAGCAG